ACAUCCGAGAAUGUCAACAUGGCGGAGUUGCGACAUAUGAUUUGUUUGUAUUGUGUGUAAUUCUAUGUUCUGAACGGAAAACUGGCCAGUGAAGUGCUGUUUUCUUUCAAUCAAACAAAGUAAAUAUGGUAGGGCUCAGUGCGCGGAUCCAGUCAGCGAAAAACUUAACCGUAUCUCUUAGUGAAAAUGUCUAACAAAACCAAGCGAAAAAUUACAGUCAGUCUCAAUACUGUGAAGUUGAAAACUCAGACGAAAGCUCGUCUCAGUGUGUUUGAUCGCUUGGGGAUCAAAUCGGCAGCCACCACGCUUAAGGAAUUUUGCCGCCCUUGGGCUCAGACCGGCUCCUGUCCCUACGGAAAAGGUUGUAAAUAUUCAAAGACCCACACCCUGAUCAGUCCAUCGAAGCAGCGCGCCGCAAAAAUUCAACCAGACCCAAAGAAACAUCAUGCCAAAGAGGGGCACAAACGAACCAACGCUGGCGAGCCCGAGAACUACGACCAGUGGGACCCGGAUGAUCUAGAGGACGCCGAUCCCGAUGAUCUCGAGCGGAAGCGCCAGGAAUUGCAACGCGAAUUAGAAUUGCAAAUGAAAAUGGAGCACAAAGCCAGAAAGAAAGAGAAGAAGAGCAAAAAGGAGAGCAGCCCGUCUAGUGAGUCCAGCUCGACGUCGUCGGAUUCGAGCAGCAGCAGCGACGACACAAGCUCCACCAGCUCGUCAUCGUUGGAAACAAAGCGCAAGCGCCUGAAGAAGGGCAAGAAAAGAGCCAGCUCCUCCAGCUCGGAAAGCCGCGGCCACAAGCUGAAAAAGGCCAAACCCACUUCCAAGUCGGUCACUCGCGACAAAUCCAAGAAAGCCAAACCGCACAGCACUAAGGUAGCAGUCAAGUCGCCGUCUCCAGUGCGGCAGCGGAAAAAGAGCGAGACGCCGCCCAUUAAGCCCAAGCUGGCCGUCAAAAGUGCUUCAGACACAAAGUCGCCCAGACCUCUGAGUCGAUCGAGCGACCGGAAGGAGAAGCAUCGCACCCCCAGCCCAAAAUCGGCCCGAGAGAAGGAACGCGAAAAGGAACGGGAGCGGGAAAAGGAGCGCGAGAAAGAGCGGGAGAAGGAAAAGGAGCGGGAGAAGGAACGCGAGAGGGAGAAAGAGCGCGAGAGAGAACGAGCGAAGCAACGGGAGAAGGAACGCGAUCGCGACAAGAAAAAGGACUCCAGAUCGCCCAAGAGAGACAGCAGAUCCGCUAAACGACGCGAGUCGCCAGAAUCCAGUCAUUCCAGGGACAAAAAGAGUCCGGCACGCUCCAAGCCGACCAGCGCCCAAAAGCGGGACAGAAGCCCCGAUAAGCGGGAAAAACGAGACGAAAGACCACGUUCCGGAGGCAAGGACAAGAUACCGGACAAAUCACGCAAGGACAAGCGCGAUUCGCGCGAUCGUGACCGGGAGCGAGACCGGGACCGAGAGCGACGCCUACGCGAGGAAAAAGCUGCGCGAGACAAAGAGGCAGCCCGAGAAAAGGAGCGCCAAGAGGCCCUGGCCCGGUGCCAAGAAAGACAGCGCGAACGCGAGCGCUUGAAGGAGCUGGAGAAAAAGGACAGCGAAAGACGGGGCAGGGACAGAGCGCGUAGAGACGAUAGAGGGGGCCUGGACAAACCUGCAGGAGAUCGGGUGGAGCGUCUGCUGCCCCUGCCGGAGGACAGAUUGCCGCAGGGGCGCCGUCAUUCGGCGGACAGGGAGCGAGGGGACCGGCGCGGCCACUCGGCGGACACGCGAAAAUCAAAUCGAAACAGCCCCGAGCGGCAUGAGAGGCUGGAAAGAGGCUACGAGCGCGAGCGAGGUUAUGAAAGAGAGCACGAAGAGCGCGCUCGAGACUACGGGCGAUUACGCGAUGAACGAGCCAGACUGGAAGAGAAAACUUACGACAGUCCGUUUGACAGAGCGCGGCACGACGACAGACGCUACCUAGAAGUGGACGAGCAUUAUGCGGAGGCUUCGAAAGAGGGCCGCAUUCCCAUCGACGCCCGAAGCUACGGAGACGACAGGCGGAGGGAAUUGUGGGACAUUCGGGACGACCGUGUGGAGAUGGACAGGGACUUCGCAUCUCGGGGUCGUGGCUUCGCCAGAGCGGACGGGCGACAGGCGGCUUCAAAAGGACGCGCUGAUUGGGUAGAACUCGAUUUCCCAGAGAGCGAGUGGGACAGUCGGGGCAGGCGGCCAAUCGAGUGGGAAGGACGUGAAGGGUGGGAUGCCUUGGAGCGUCCUCAUGCCACAGAGGAGGAGUGGAGGCACUACGAUAGGAGCCUGGGCAGUUGGUCCGCCAGCGACAACAGACGAAGAUGGCCGAACAGUCGCAAGGAAAACAGAGAGGGCAGUGGCAAGCCGAGAGGGGCUCCAGCACAGUCUUCCGAGCUUGCGGCUCCCGAAGAUGCGCGAAGCAAGGACGCAGCAGUGGGGGCGCAAACGCCUGCCGUUUCAGCUGAGACUGCUUCUGAGCCGAAACCGGCCGUCACUCAGCCUUUGGAGCCAGACCAGAAGUCGCCCUCCAUCAGCGGCAAACGACUGGCCGAAGACGCACCAGACGAUGUGGUCGAUACGAAAAAACCUUGCUUGAAGGUAGAGCCAGCGCCGGUUCUUGAGGACGACUUGAGCGAAAUUAGCGACGAUGCAGACGACAUUCUCAACAGAGACGAGGAUAUUGUUGAUGCUGCUGCGGACGGGCCUGUUCAAUCCGCAGCACUGGAGCCAGGCAGUGAAUUUCCGGCCGAUCAAGUUGCGUCGGCAGCACCGUCGCAAAAAUCCCAAUCUCCUUCGGGCUCUCCCUCAAAAAGCGCGGCCAAGGACGACUCGAUUGACGGCGAUAACAUGGAUCUGGACUUUGAGGAAAUAUCCGAAGACGAGCUGGAUGAGGAGUCGAAAGUAAAGGGCAUUGGUGACGCCCUGGGAGUGGAUUGGGCCAGUUUGGUGGCCGAAUCGCGGCCCCGCGUCAAACCCAUAAGUUCGGCAAAGUUACGUUGGGAGCCUCACAAUGUUCUGGUUCAGUUGGGCGUCUCCGUUCGCCUUGCGGGCGAGUCGUUGGUGAAAGACAUUCUGAAGCAACACGCGGAGGCUGAGCUGAAGCGGGAGGUGAGGUCGGAAGAGGUGCAGAUUAAGACCGAAGCUACUAACGGCAUCAAGCUGGAACCGGGUGUGGCUGUUAAAGAAGAACCGGUAGACUGUGAGGACGUGGUGAUAUCGCAUCCAGUGGCGGCGAUUCAAGUGGAAAUUCAGGCAGCGGAUCAGAUCCGAAGAACGUUGUUUACGAGUGUGGGGCCGCAUCGGAGGGCUCUGUCUGCCAGAAGGGACUUGAUGAUCAGGAGGCAUCUCUGCAACCUGCCCAUCAACGACACUUAUGUGGAGCCGCCUAGGCGGCACGACCCGGAACUGUUCAAGUUGGCCUCCCAGCUCUUUGAACAAUAUGCUUAGGAGUAGCUGGACCAAACUGCAGUUAGGCCUGUUUCUUCUACAUGUAAAUUGAUCAAUAAAGACCAUCUUAAUGCA